CGGGCGCGCCCGACGCGUACUGCCGGCGAGGGGGCCCGGGCGGCGGGCGUGGCGCGCGGUCUCAGGUGGCAGCAGCGGCGGUGACAGCGACAAGCGGCGGCCGCAGCAGCCUGCGCGCACCCUCUCCCCGGCGCUCCCGCAUCCCGCCCCCACUGCGCCGCGGAGCCUCCGCGGGUCCCCGCGCGCACGGCCGAGCUCCGCGCACAAUAGCUCCGCUCCUGCCAUGGGGAAAACGGCGAGGAAGGGAUGCGACUGCAAGCGCUUCCUGAGGAACAACUGGCUGCUGCUGUCCACCGUGGCCGCGGUGGUGCUAGGGAUCACCAUAGGAGUCUUGGUUCGAGAAUACAGCACACUUUCUAGUCUGGAGAAAUUCUACUUUGCUUUUCCUGGGGAAAUCCUAAUGAGGAUGCUGAAACUCAUCAUUUUGCCAUUGAUUAUAUCCAGCAUGAUCACAGGUGUAGCUGCGCUGGAUUCCAGUGUAUCCGGGAAAAUCGGUCUGCGUGCCAUCGUGUAUUAUUUCUGUACUACUGUCAUUGCUGUAAUUCUAGGCAUCAUACUGGUGGUGAGUAUCAAGCCUGGCGUGUCCCAGAAACUGGAUGAGAUUGACAGGACAGGGAGCAGCCCUGAAGUCAGUACAGUGGAUUCCAUGUUAGAUCUGAUCAGGAAUAUGUUCCCUGAGAAUCUUGUCCAAGCCUGUUUUCAGCAGUAUAAAACCAAGCGUGAAGAAGUGAAUACUGCCAGUGACCCAGGGACGAACGUGACAGAGGCCCCUGUCACAGCCAUCAUGACAACUGCUGUUUCCAAGAACAAAACAAAGGAAUACAAAGUCGUAGGCAUGUAUUCAGACGGCAUAAACGUCCUGGGCUUGAUUGUCUUCUGCCUCGUCUUUGGACUUGUCAUUGGAAAAAUGGGAGAAAAAGGACAGAUUCUGGUGGAUUUCUUCAAUGCUCUAAAUGAUGCGACCAUGAAGCUUGUUCAGAUCAUUAUGUGUUACAUGCCACUCGGCAUUUUGUUCCUGAUUGCCGGAAAGAUCAUAGAAGUCGAAGACUGGGAAAUAUUCCGCAAGCUGGGCCUUUACAUGGCCACCGUCCUGAGUGGGCUCGCGAUCCACUCCCUCGUCAUUCUCCCACUGAUCUACUUCAUAGUCGUAAGAAAGAACCCUUUCCGAUUCACCAUGGGAAUGGCUCAGGCUCUCCUGACAGCUCUCAUGAUCUCUUCCAGUUCAGCCACACUGCCGGUCACUUUACGCUGUGCUGAAGAAAAGAACCAGGUGGACAAGAGGAUCACCAGGUUCGUGCUGCCUGUGGGAGCUACGAUCAACAUGGAUGGGACGGCUCUCUAUGAGGCAGUGGCAGCCGUGUUCAUUGCACAGUUGAACGGCCUGGAGUUGGGCAUUGGGCAGAUCGUCACUAUCAGUGUCACAGCCACAGCCGCCAGCAUUGGAGCUGCCGGUGUGCCCCAGGCCGGCCUGGUGACCAUGGUGAUGGUGCUGAGUGCUGUAGGCCUGCCCGCGGAGGAUGUCACCCUCAUCAUCGCCGUCGACUGGCUCCUGGACCGGUUCAGGACCAUGGUGAACGUCCUCGGUGAUGCGUUCGGGACAGGCAUUGUGGAGGAGCUCUCUAAGAAAGAGCUGGAACAGAUGGAUGUUUCAUCUGAAGUCAACAUCGUAAACCCGUUUGCUUUGGAAUCCACAGUCCUGGAUAACGAAGACUCAGACACCAAGAAGUCCUAUGUCAAUGGAGGCUUCGCGGUAGACAAGUCUGACACCAUCUCAUUCACCCAGACCUCACAGUUCUAGAACCCCUGGCUUCAUAGGACCAGGAAUGAUGGACAGCUCUGUGAAGAGUCAUCUCUUAGCAAAUUCAAAGAUUAAAUAAGGAAGAGAAAAACACUAAUGGCCAACUGUACAUUUGACUUGAUAUAUAUAGACUUCCAGAUUAUUUUCUAUGUUUGGAUUCACAGCUUUCACUCUCCAGGUUCUGGGACAGGGGUUGGGUAACAUGAAAGAAAAUAGAUUAAAAGGAAAGCUGGAUUGUAAAAAUUCUAUGAGAGACAAAGUUUGGAAGGAAAUGGAGUAGUAACUGUUGGAUUAGGACAUGGAUCCGGAAGAAAAAUUGCUUUCUCAUACACAGUCCAGUGUUUUGGGGUUUUUUUUAAAAAAAAUACUCUCAUUGAUUACAAAUUUUUACUCAAGCUUUCUAUUGGCAUGGAUUUCCUUUGACUUCUCACAUUUUUAUAGAUUAUAAUGCAUAUAAACACCCCUCCCCCCAUUAAUGUGCCAAAUUGUCCAUUUUUAACUCAUCUCCAGCCCAUUUCAAAGUAACCGCUUUGAAAGAAAACAGACCAGCACAGUUCUGCAAUCAGAGUUUUAGGAUGGGUGUGGGGUUUUGUGGAAAGGGUUCUUUUUUCAAUGUACUGUAUUGGGACGCUGGUAACUAGUAACCCAGUGUUCGGUAUAGAGCUAGAUAGAUAGAUAUAUAUGUAUGUAUAUAUUUAUUAUUUUCAUAGAAGUUGCCAGACAGAGAUCAGAAUUGAACUGUCAAUGUGAAACAAAGAGCCCUCCUUGUACUUGAAUAAUAACUACGAUCUCAAUCCAGAUCUGCUUUGGGGCUUUUCCAAAUUCCUGUCCCAGGAGCACGAGAGUUGAAAAAUUAUGAUGUCUGCUUGUUCCACGUCUCUGUGCCAGCCUCAGAGCAGAAAUGUCUUAGGGUGAUCCUCCCAGGUGGCACGGCCUUUCAUCUACAACUCCUAGACUCUCCUGCAGGGAGGGAGUCCGUAUCUGCUGUGUAUAAGAUGGUAUACAAAGGUGUCACUCACAUAAGGCCGGAUGUGUUUUUAUCCAACCAGAAGGCUUCAUUCCUCUGAGGUCAAGUAUACCCACUUAAAAAUGACAGGACUUCGCCCUUUUGUACCCCUCAGGGCCCAAAACCACAGUGGCGAGCUACCAGCUGAGUUGUAUUUUAAUAGGGGCUUGAUGGGUUGAACAAGUCACAUUGACCAGAAAAAGCACUGUCCUUACCCUGGAUUCUUGCCGAGUAAGUCCCAGAACGUGUGAGAAGUUGGUUAUCAGUGGUUCAGGGAAAUCCUUCUAUUGUAUGAAACUCGUCUCCUCCUUAAGGGAGGAUUGUUUCAACUAAUAGUCUAGUCAUCUCAGCCCUGCUCCUUACCACCAGUUUCCUGUCAUUCUCCUGCUAAUUUAUGAAGAUAGUUUUUUAGAAAGUCUGUGCUUUAGCUCUUAUCUUGUAAAUAACGCUUCACAUAAUAAAAACUUGUAUUUACACCGAGAUCCAAAAUAGUUCCGUUUCUGCAGUAUCCAGUAGCCAAUUUAAGCCUGUGCUUUGGUAUUUAAGAAACCAGACACUGUGCCAAAGAUCGUGGAAAAGUAAAUAAAUGCUCAAUAUUGACCACCCAUACCCGAAAUCUAUAAGAGAAUGAUACUGGACUGUCGUGUAAACACCAUAAAUAUGGACCCGUGAUUGAAUGUGAGUUUUAAAAUGCAAAUAUUCAUGUUGUGCAUUGGAAGCAAAUCUAAAUAUGGAUGCAGCUGAAUCCAUAAUUUGUCGUGGGCUGAAAGGUCCUACGCCCUUGGCAGUGGGCUUGGAUCUGAGGCUCGGGAUUGCCAGAGCUGUCCGUGGAACUGUGGGUCAUCCUUAUUUUGGAGUGAGUUUGUAACCGGCCUCUUAACGCACUGUGCUGUUAACUCAUAAAAGAGAACAAUGUCCCAUUCAGCCUCAAUAAAUAUUUCCGUCCUUCCUCCUCGCCA